AAUAAACUCAUUCAAUGUGUGACCGUGACUUGUAAGAGAUAAUGAAACCAGCUAUCGAAGGUCCUAAGUUCAAAUCAAGGAUAUAUCAAUACAUAGCUGCAGUCGGUGCAAAUUUAGGAACUCUCUCCCUUGGUUUUCAUUAUGGCUGGCCAUCCACAGCUUUUCCCACACUUCUUGGUGAAAAUAACAUUUAUAGACUUUCCAAGGAUGAAGCCUCCUGGCUAGUAUCUUUAGUUCCUUUGACGUCUAUAAUAGGAGGUGUAUUGGGAGCAUGUUUGACGAACAAGCUGGGAAGAAAGAAAAUUAUCCAUUUUUCAUCGAUACCGUUGACAAUAUCAUGGAUCUUGAUAGCUGUAGCAGAUUCUAAGACGAACUUGUUUGUUAGUAGGGCUAUAGCAGGUAUCAUAGAUGGACUACUCUUCACUAUAGUGCCUUCAUACUUAACAGAAAUAGCAGACGCUGAUAUAAGAGGUUUCAUCGUUGGAACAUUCGCAUCAACUUUAUCCCUUGGAGUCCUAGUCGAAAAUAUUUUACUCAAUUCACUCACGAUAUCAGCCGCAGCAUGUGUUUCUUCCACCGUCACAGUAUUAAGUUUAUUUAUAUUACCACUACUACCGGAAAGUCCGUAUUUUUUCUUAAUUGUUGAAAAAGAAAUCGAAGCACGAAAGAGCAUCAGAAAACUUAUCGGAAAGUACGACGUAAGGGACCGAGUAGAAAAUAUACAAAAAAGUAUCGAUGAAGCCGAGGGAAAAACAAAAUUGUCUGAUAUAUUCUUCUACAAAUCGCAUAGAAAAUGCCUUAUGCUAUCUCUUUUACUGAGUUUGACGCAGCUUCUAAGCGGACUUUUACCUUUCGAAUACUACACUAAAACCGUUUUGUUGGAGAAUAACAGCUUUUUGGCACCCAACACUGCUAAUAUUAUCUACUACUUAUCUUUUUUUCUGUUAACUAUUGUGUCCUUUACUCUAACUGACAGAAUUGGAAGACGAGUCCUAAUAUUACUAUCAUUAGGUGUUACUGCUUUGUGUUUGUUUUUUAACGGGCUUUAUCUGUACAUUAAGUUAGCUACCAACAUAGACACAAGUACCUUGGACUUUUUGCAGCUGAUAUUUGUAUAUCUUUAUACUGUUGGAUACGGUGUUGGACUGCACGUAAUACCCAUCAUCUUCAUUGCAGAAAUAUUCCCAACACACCUUAAAAGUGUAGCUUUAUGUAUAGUUAAUACUAUUACAAACGUUGCAGUAACAUUGGCAAUCAAAUUAUUUAGCUGGUAUACUUCAUUUGGGCUAUUUGUGCCUUUCCUAGUUUGCUCUGUAUGUUCUGUAAUUCAAUUCAUCCUUAUUGCUAAAUUUUUACCAGAAACGAAGUUGUUGACUAUAGAGGAUAUUCAGGUAGAACAAGAUAAACGUCAGUGUAAAUAUCGUUGUUAAUAUUUGUGUUACAACAUAAACUAGCAAUAAAUAUAUUUUCUGCGUAGUUUCAUUUCUAUAUGUAU